AUGAUGGAGAAAAAACGAACAUCGAAAAAACAGUUUGGACUUUACAUAAAGUUCGUAAAAGAAAAUCCAGUUUUAAUUACGGGAAAAUUGCAACCAUCCGGCAAUCCCAAAGAUCUGGAGGUGUUGUGGGAUGAAUUGAGCAAAGUCCUCAACUCCUGUGGGGACGGACCCAUUAGGGAAACAGCUUCCUGGAAAAAGGUCUUCACUGAAUGGAAAAGUGCUUCAAGGAAAAAGGCAAGGGAGAACAAACAACUCUCAGAGCUGGAAGAAGAAAUUCUUACAAUAACAGGUCGGGGUGCUGUCAGUGGUUUGGAUGUAAGAGAACUAGGAACUGAAACAACUGAAACAGAAGAUAAGUUGCCCAAGAAGGAAAAAAUUCAGAGUGGCCCUUCUAAAGUCAAGUGCUUAGAUAAUAUUGUUGGACAUUCAAGUGAUGAAGCCAAGGAUGAAGCUUCAUCUAGUAACAGUGAGCCAAAAAAUGUUCACAAGGAGAACAUCCCAAAGACAAAGCCAAAGAAAAAACGUACAGGGGAUGUGCUUUGUGACACAUAUGAAGCAGCCACAAAUGAGACCUGUGAGAAAUUGGAGGGAAUUAGCUUAGCAAUAUUAGAAGUAGCCAAAGCUAUCAAUCGUUAUUGUGACAUUGUCGAAGCUUCCAACCAAACAAUAGAAUAUGUAGAUGAACAAAAUGCUGAGGAAGUAGAAGACGAGGAUAAUUAUUAA